AUGCGGAAUUUGGUCGUUGUUGGAGGCUCAUCGCACCCCGAAUUGACAGCUGCUAUAUGUUCUCGGCUAGGUAUUGCACCCGGUCAAGCCAAGCUUUCCAAGUUUAGCAACAAGGAAACCAGUGUUGAAAUGAAGGAAUCAGUACGCGGACAAGACGUUUACAUUAUCCAAUCGGGAUGCAGCAGUGUCAACGAUGCCGUGUUCGAGUUGCUCAUCAUGAUUAACGCCUGCAAGAUUGCGUCAGCCAAGCGUAUUACAGCUGUGUUGCCAUAUUUCCCAUACUCUCGACAAGCGGAUGUUCCAUUUCGACCCAGCUCUGGUGCGCCAUUGGAACGGUUACCGCCAGCAACACCUAAGACAUCAGCGGUGGUUGAGCCAUCUACAGAUGAUGUGAGCAAAUUAUUGAGACAAAAGCUGUCAAUGGCUGCCAGUGGUGGUGGUAGAAAUGGAUCGGAUUAUCGGCAAUGGGUCGCACAACCUGGAACAUUGGUGGCCAACCUGUUGACAUGCUCUGGCGCAGACCAUAUCGUCACCAUGGAGAUGCACGAUGCUCAAUUCCAAGGAUUCUUUGAUUGCCCAGUUGACAAUUUGCUCAGUCGACCUUUACUCAUCAAGUACAUCCGUCAUUGUAUCCCACAAUAUGAAAACGCAGUCAUUGUAUCCCCAGAUGCAGGUGGCGCUAAACGAGCGACUGCAAUUGCUGAAACGUUACAAAUGGAUUUUGCAUUAAUUCACAAGGAACGACGUUUGACACCCACUAAGCGUGAAUUAAUGUUGGUGGGCGACGUACGAGGCAAAGUAUGCAUUCUCAUCGAUGACAUUUGCGACACAAGUUACACAAUUACUCGGGCUGCCCGGAUGCUACGUGAAAAUGGUGCCGUCAAAAUCUACGCUCUCGUUUGCCAUGCCAUUCUCUCGGGCAAUGCUGUUCAAAAUAUCGAAAACAGCGAAUUGGAUCAAGUCAUUGUAAGCAACACUAUUCCACAACAUCUUAGCCGACAACAAUGCUCCAAGAUUAAAAUGUAUGAUGUGGCGCCCAUGUUUGCUGAAGCUAUUCGACGUAUUCAUUUCGGCGAGUCAGUAUCCAUGCUUCUUGACGCACACCAAGAGUACUUUUAG